CUGUGUCGGAGUAUGUGUCCAUUGUAUACUUUGUGUUUUCGAAGCAGGCAUACAUAAUAUAUAUAUUAUAUACUCAUUUCGUUUGAAGGAAAAAUAUUUAUCAAUGGAAUUACUGUUUAUUUGUUUUGGAUCAUAAAUAUUAAACUUUUGUUUUCCAACAAAAAUAUGUAUUGUAAGAAAACAAUGGCAGAUCAAGGUUUGCUCUGACAUUUGACAUACAUCAAAACGUUACAGGAGUCACCAAACUUCUCGGAAAUUCCUUGAUGUUCAUGUACGAAUUGUAUGGUGUCCCUAACGAACCAAGCACCCAUUUCGUGCUGCCGAAUGGUCUUUAAAAAAGCAUUUUGCCGGGUGUACGAGCGCAAGAGGAAUGCUACAGGGGGCAGUGUUGUCCAGGAUACUACGACAAUGACUGCGCUCAAGAAUCAUCGAGUCAAUGUAGCGAAGCUAAUGUUUUACCCUCGCUUGAAAUGCGGAUACGAGGGUACACCGCUGAUGACGGUCACACUAUGAUGUGUGAUUACUAUCUCAGUCCAGGCUGGUAUUCGCUUUGUGGACAUAUCCUUUCAACGCAGCCGGGAAGCUGUGGAGCAACGUUUUCCUGGUGGAUGAAUGAAUCAGUACCGGAAAGCGGAACCGAGGAAGUGAUGCUAUGUUUGUAUCAGGACCAAGACAGCACAUGCAUUGAUACAAUGGCCAUCAAUGUGACAAAGUGUGGGGACAACAGUUAUGUAUUUCAUCUUCCUUCGCUUCAAGCUUGCCCAGAACUGUAUUGUGUUGAGCCUGUAGAGGAUUUGGCAACUGAAGCCCCACUCUGCGAGGACAUGACAAAGGACUACUGCAGUGAUGCUAAACCGAUUCCACUAUUAGACAAGCGCACUUCGACAUACGAGUCAGAGUCCGGCGGAACGCCAAUGUGCGACUACUACCUACAACCCGGCUGGUACAAGGCCUGUGAACAUUUACUGGCCACCAAUCCUGUACAGUGCUCUGUGUUCUCGUGGUAUGCAACAGAGGCUCUGCCUACUUCUGGAACUGGAGAAGUGAAUUUAUGUAUGUUGUACAAUGGUACUUGCUUGGAAAACAAGACCAUCACUGUCUCAAAGUGCCAAGACGGAAGUUUUGCUUAUAAUCUGAAUGGCACAGAAGCAUGCCCAGAAGCGUACUGCUUCGAAAAGGAUCAAAGAAUGGAAGCGCCGUUAUGUGAAGGGACAAUCACAGAAAUUGAGGAGCUCUGCCUAGCAGCUAACGAUAUUCCAAGCGCAGAAAAGCGAGUCAGAGGUUAUACACCUCACGUGGGAGAAACGUUCCCGUGUGAUUAUUACCUUCAGCCGGGAUGGUAUUCAACUUGUGGAUACGUCCUUUCAUCACAAACCGAGGGAUGUGGCACAGUCUUCUCCUGGUAUAGAAUAGAUGAUUUGCCUGACAAGGGUUACGGUGAAGUAACAGUUUGUUUAUCAGGCACAAGUUGCGCCGAGAAUAAGACUAUCACCGCUGCACGUUGCCAGGACAAAAGCUACAUUUUUAAGCUGACAUCUAUGGAUGCUUGUCCCGAAGCUUACUGUUUAGAACCUCCUGCUAAAACUCUGCCUGAAAGUUUGUUGUGUAACGACACUAUUCAUGAAAUCGAGGAGCUCUGCCUAGCAGCUAACGAUAUUCCAAGCGCAGAAAAGCGAGUCAGCGGUAAUAAACCGAACGUGGGAGAAACGUUCCCGUGUGAUUAUUACCUUAGGCCGGGAUGGUAUUCAACUUGUGGAUACGUUCUUUCAUCACAAACCGAGGGAUGUGGAACAGUCUUCUCAUGGUAUAGAAAAGAUGAUUUGCCUGACACAGGUUACGGGGAAGUAACAGUUUGUUUGACAGGCACAAGUUGCGCAGAGAAUAAGACUAUCACCGCUGCACGUUGCCAGGACGGAAGCUACAUUUUUGAGCUGACACCUAUGGAUGCUUGUCCUGAAGUGUACUGUUUAGAACCUCCUGCUGAAACUCCGUCUGAAAGUUUGUUGUGUAACGACACUAUUCAUGAAAUCGAGGAGCUCUGCCUAGCAGCUAACGAUAUUCCAAGCGCAGAAAAGCGAGUCAGCGGUUAUAAACCGAACGUGGGAGAAACGUUCCCGUGUGAUUAUUACCUUAGGCCGGGAUGGUAUUCAACUUGUGGAUACGUUCUUUCAUCACAAACCGAGGGGUGUGGAACAGUCUUCUCCUGGUAUAGAAAAGAUGAUUUACCUGUCAAAGGUUACGGGGAAGUAACGGUUUGUUUGUCAGGCACAAGUUGCGCAGAGAAUAAGACUAUCACCGCUGCACGUUGCCAGGACGGAAGCUACAUUUUUGAGCUGUCACCUAUGGAUGCUUGUCCAGAAGCGUACUGUUUAGAACCUACUGUUGAAAAUCCAACUGAAAAUAUGCUGUGUAAAGACACAUUUCGUGAUGGAAUGGAAGGCGACCACUGCGCGACAGACACUGACUGUCACAAAAGCUUAGAAUGCUCGAAAAACUUAUGUUCCUGUAGUCAAGGGUUUUCGAAUGUGGAUGGUGUUUGCCUGCAAGACGGUGUCAUUGGCGGAACAUGCAAUCAUAACAACGAUUGUUUUGAUAAGUUUGCAGAGUGCAACGAUAGAAAGUGCACGUGUGAAAGUGGCUUGAAUUGGGACGGAACGAUAUGUCGAACUACUAAAUCAUCUGGUAAUUUGGGAGACGUUUGCUUAUUUUCUGCCGACUGCCAAGGCGAUGCAGCAACCUGUACAGGCGGAACAUGUUUAUGUAAAAAACAGUAUUCUUAUGUUGACGGAAAAUGUAUCAAAGAUGGAAAUGUUGGAGGCUUUUGCUCUCUUGGCGGAAAGUGCACGGAUUUUAAUACUCUUUGCGUAGUAGAAAUGGAAACUAAAUGCACUGACCCUAAAUGCAAACAACAUCAAAGGUGUCGAUGUAUUACCGGGUUUGUUUACUCUGAUGGAGAAUGUGUUAAGGAUGCUAAAGCUUCAUCCCAUUCGCAACGAAAUGUCGUCUCUGUCGUGGUAGUGAUUGUCGCAUGUGUGCUGAUAGUAAUCAUCGUCAUUGUCCUUGUGUGCAGAAAAAAAGUGACGCGUAACUUGCAAACAUUGGAGCCCUAUGGCACUAACUGUGUCAAAGCGAAGAAGUAUGCUGUAAACACUGAAGAAUAUUGUGAGGAUAUCAGAAAUCCCCUUCCCCCGUACACAGAAAGCCACCUUACAUCCAAGACAGACAAGAUAUUAUAGACAAAUGUGUUUGAUCAUCGCCAUUCGAAAAAGUUAAAUUGAAAUAUCAGACGCUUUUCCUAGUGUUUAACUUUGUAUCCGUUGUUGUUUAUAGUUUAUACUUCAUACAGUGAUUUAAUUGACAAUUGGACAGUUGGAUUGUGUUUGUGUUGUUGUGCUUUUUGUGAAUAAUAAUCUAAUUAUUGAGUGCUGAUAAUUUCAAAGAGGAGAAAACACCGUAAAGAAUUACAUGUUACUUACCGUUGGAUACUCUGACUAGGUUCCAAGCGCUACCGAAAAGAGACGAGAAAAUUAAGGGUGCAAUUAUACUUUGACAAUUUGUCCCUAUGUUCCCAUUUCGUAUAUUUAAAUUAAAUACAAUUCUUAAACAAUUCUUAAACAGAUCUAUGAUAAUGAGUCGAAUCAUCUGUUUUAAAACGAAAGCACAUAUCUUUUCUUUAAAUAAUAGUACUUCUGCUAUCAUCUGUACUCUGAUAAAAUGCCAGUACCAUGCUAGUGUCAUCUAGUACAUACGACAAAAAAUGUUUAAAAUUUGUGUAAGUUUUGUUUUCAUAUACAUUUUACCUAGCUUGUGUGUGUUUCGUUUUUCUUAAUUCGUUAUUUCUGGUCUUUAUGACAUUUCCUGUUUUUGUUAUGGUUCGACAACAAAAUGUUUGUGGUUUGUAUUAGAAAUUAAUAAUAGACUUGUAGAAGAAUUACAUUCGUGAAAUUACAUUUGGGUUCCUAACCAUGUUAAGUUAAUUUUGAUACUUCUUGGUUGUUGAAAUAUCCAGAUACCGUUAAACCAAUAAAGAUACUAUUUGU